GCACAGCCUAUCUCUUAAAUAGCUAGCACUUCCCGGUUUGUUGUUUUUUAGUGUUAGUGUCGUCUUUAAAGCGUACGUUAUCAUAAAAUAGGUGGCUCGCUACGAAAGUUUAUAGCCUCUACGAAUUUGCGUUUUUGGAAAGGCGAAGCUCCUUUCUGAGCUAUCUAAAAGUAGAUUGACCCUAGCUAUCUAAUUAUUGCGUUUGUAGCUAGCUGGCUUUACAAACUAGCUAAUUAGCCAGCUAGCAUAACGUUAACGUAAAUAUAGCUAGCUACGUGGGUAAAUGGCGAUUGAAUAGUUACUUGUCAUCUUUAAAUUAAACUAUUUAUCCAAUUGAACGUCAAGGAAAUAUCGUUUGGUAUUGGUUUUAAACCAUAGAAGCAAAUAACUACCCGACGUUGGCAUCUCUGUCCUUGUAAAUUGUCGCUAGCUCCCGCAAACAAUUUGCUCUCCUAACUAGUUAGCAAGCUAGUUAAGCGAGUAGUUCGGGUAGUGAAUCAUGGGCUCAGUCCUUGGUCGAAGGAUCGCUGGGGUGGAGGACAUUGAUAUUCAGGCUAACUCAGCAUACAGGUUUCCACCUAAAUCUGGGAAUUAUUUUGCUAGUCACUUCUUCAUGGGAGGUGAGAAAUUUGACACACCCCACCCUGAAGGUUACUUGUUUGGAGAAAACAUGGACCUCAAUUUCCUAGGCAACCGUCCUGUGCAGUUUCCCUAUGUGACCCCAGCACCUCAUGAACCAGUGAAGACAUUACGAAGCCUUGUUAACAUCAGAAAAGACUCUUUACGACUUGUCAGGUACAAAGAUGAUGGUGAUACACCCACGGAGGAUGGAGUGAAGCCUAAGGUUUUAUAUGGAGUGGAGUUCACCUUCGACUCAGACGCUCGAAUUGCUAUCACUGUCUACUGCCAGGCGUUUGAGGAGUUCACUAAUGGAAUGGCAAUUUAUAAUCCCAGGAAUCCUGUGAUGAUGUCUGAAACAGUGCACUACAAGCGGGGAGUGAGCCAGCAGUUUUCUCUGCCCUCCUUCAAGAUCAAUUUUUCUGAAUGGAAGGAGGAAGAUCUGAACUUUGAUUUGGACAGAGGUGUUUUCCCUAUAGUCAUCCAGGCCGUGGUGGAUGAAGGAGAUGAUUGCUUGGGACAUGCACAUGUGCUAUUGGCUGCCUUUGAGAAACAUGUUGAUGGCAGCUUCUCUGUGAAGCCCUUAAAGCAGAAACAAAUCGUGGAUCGGGUUAGUUACUUGCUCCAGGAGAUCUAUGGCAUUGAAAACAAGAACAACCAAGAGACUAAGCCAUCUGAUGAUGAGAAUAGUGACAACAGCAAUGAAUGUGUCGUGUGCCUGUCGGACUUACGUGACACACUCAUCCUUCCAUGUAGACACCUGUGUCUAUGUAACUCGUGUGCAGAUACACUGCGUUACCAGGCCAACAAUUGCCCCAUUUGCAGACUGCCAUUUCGAGCCCUGCUGCAGAUCCGGGCGGUGAGGAAGAAAGCCGGUGUUCUCUCCCCUGUCUCCUUCAGUCCCGUGCUGGCUCAGAGCAUGGAGCAUGACGAGCACUCUAGUUCUGACUCUGUUCCUCCCGGCUUUGAGCCCAUCUCACUAUUGGAGGCUCUGAACGGGCUCACCGCCAUCUCCCCCGGAGUCCCCUCCGCCCCUCUGUACGAUGAGAUCAACUUCUCGGGGAGCCUCAGCGGAGACAGUAGGCAACUGAGCUCUCCAGAACACUCUGGAGACAGCGGCCUUCAGAAGGGCAAAGUCAGCAAGUCGCCCGACAGCACCCUGCGCUCCCCCUCCUCACCCAUCCAGGAGGAGGAUGAGGAGAAGCUGUCAGAGUUGUCUGACACACAAGCCCACACCCUGCUGUCCAGUAGUCCCGCUCCUACUGAGGGCACGGCAGGAGAGGAUGCUCCUGACUCUCUGUCUCCAGAAGAUGAGGACAGGCUGAACUCGGAGGGGGAAAUUGGGCCUGACUGUAGUAGUGAGCACAGCAGCCUGACUAAAACUGAAAGUGAACCAACUGGUCUUUCGGGCUCCAUGGAGAGCCUGGACACUCAGGGCACGAGCUGUUCCAGCCAGCCUCUCCUGUGUCCCACCAGCGGUUUGCACAUGGAGGAUGAAUAAAGAACCAUAAACCCUCCCACUCCCCUUCCUUUCUGUGGAGCUUCUCCUAUCUGCGCCAGUGCCAGCCUCACUGCUCCUGACGCCCCCCCUCAGCUCCUCGUCAGAUGGGAUGUGUGUUCACGCCACCCUCGCUAAUUACAUCAAUCCUGCCUCCUGUCCAAGGUGUACUAGCUUUAAUGGCAAGUCAUGAAAAGAAAAGGUCUUGUAUUUCUUUGUUCCUUUUACCACUGGAUGAUUUUUUUUAAAUGUCUAUUUAUUUUAAAAUUCUGACAAAUUUACCAUAAAAAUAAACAGGCCAGCACAAAGCCAACUGCAGAGAUAGGAGAACAAUCUGUGUAUUUUGCCUGUUCUUUUUGUGGCAAGUGUUCUUUUGAGGCAAGUGUGGGAACAAUGAGGUGUAUCACAACAGACACCAUGCUAACCAGGUCUGGUUAAAGCACAUCUUAAUAAGCAGGAAGUCUCAGCAUUUCAGUCUUGAUGUCUUUAUGACUGUAAUCAGUGUUGAUAAUAAUAUAGAGGUGUGGUGUGAAUUAACACUUUGUGUAUACUACAGAUCUGUAACUUUGUGAAUUUCAUAUGAAGUAAUGUUUUAUAGGAAGUGUAUAAAUGUUUUGACUUUUUUUUUUCUUUCUUUUAUUAAUUUAAGAAUAGUUGCAAACGCAUGUGAUUGAGAGCUGGCCCCUGUGUGUUUGUAUCAUACAGGCAGAUGCUUACUUCAGUUUUCUGACCAAAUAAUGAUAUAGUGAAUUUACACCUCCAACAUAUGUUUUGUACAACAAACAAUGCACUACAUAAUGUGAAGUAUUUAUGAUCAUUCCUUAAAGUACCUUGUUUUAAGUUCUUUAUUUUACAAAUGAGAUUCCCUUCCUUUGGUCUACAGCUGAGAAAGUGUUUUAUGCAUGGUUGCAAAAGUGGUGGAUAUUGGAUCCUGUCUUAUAUUUCUGCCUUUACCAUUGCUAGUAGGCUUCUGUGCUUUGUAAAAGGAAAGAACUGCUUAAUGUGCACAUGCACUGAUGAGUAUACUCUCAGCAUGCAUUUAUUUCAUCAUUGCCCUUAUCUCAUCCAACCCAAAGCACCAUGACUUGCAGUGUUAAACUGUCUUGUAAAUGUAGCAUUAUGCAUAGAGGUAUACGUGCCUUUGAGCAAGAACAAAUGUUGCUACUUAAUCGUGCUUUGAGCUGUUCUUUUCCUCAGUUCUUGUGAUGGGGGAGCAUUUGGAAGCUAGAGAUAGGUGGGGGUUUUUGUUUUCUUUGUUUGCUUUGGGGGGGUUUUUGUUUUGUUUUUGCUUAUGGCAUAUGACCAUGCAUUGAACUAAGCUCUAAAGUUUGUAGUGUUUGUGUAGUAUGACUGGUUCUGAGAGUAUUUCUAAUGAUCUACCAAUGAAGGAUGAAUCUUUGACUAUUUAAAUAGGUACUAUAUUGGAUAAUGAAGCUAGUUAUUUGAUAUGUGUGGGUGUGUGUUUGAUACAGAUAUGUUUAGUGCAACAUAAUUUUGAGCGGAUCAAUAGAUUUAUGGUUUACUCAUAGAUGGUUGCUCUAUAAAUGUAUUUGAAACCUCAGAUAUGUAAUAUGCAAUAUCGAUUAGUGGCUUCUUAUUAAUUAUCAGACUAAACUCUGCAUGAUAUGUUGGUACUUAAUACAGCUCUUGGCAAUGGAAGAUGCUCACUUAUUUAUCUCCCUCUAAUAGUGUGCCAUUUCAACUUGAUCCACUGUGCCUUCUUGUUCCUUGUAAUAUUGGCCUGGUAUCCAGGAUGUUAACAUUGGGUCAGCCAUGGUUUUCAAGCUUAAGAUUAGCAUAUGUUCUGUCCAAAUGCAUAGUAUACUGCUGCAUGUGAAUACCAAUAAAACUAAUAUUAAAAGUA